CUGGGGGCCCGGGGAAGUCUCUCUAAUGUAAAGCGUUAUGCUAGUGGGCCGAUGUGUGGAAGUGAGGGAAGUCUGUGAACGUGACAUGAAAUUUAAGUAACCCGUAAUGCACCCUAGAAGGUGUCCCCGCCGCGCCCGCUUUGCAAAGGCACUGCUUUGACAUGUGAAUGGGGUACGUGAGCCGUGGAGAGGGUGCAGAAGCUACAUGCCUGACAGAUUUGGAUACUGUGGGGCUGGCGUCAGUGAGAGGAUAGUGGAUCAUCGCCGUGAUUCCCUUGGAAAGAGUAGCAGUUGCCUGACUUCAAAGUAAGCGUGCCACAAUGAAGAGGGUUAACAGUUUGCAGAGGUUUAUGAAUACUAGAGCACCAGCAAAUUGCAGAUACCAACCUACUUGUUACGAACAUGCUGCCAAUUGUUACACACAUGCUGUGUUUGUGGAUAAAUUGGGAAUUUGUUCCAUGACAUUGGCAGGUGCUGGGAGACGUAUCUAUCUUUCCACACUAACAUGUCCUGUUGAUGUUGCAGACUGGGUUAAGGACUCUACAGCUACGUUGAGAACCCUGGGACAAAUUAUAGUUGUACCAUUUGAGUUGCAGAUGUCUAUUUCCAGUAGGGCAGGUUCCAAGACUGCUCUGCAGUGCAGCCAUAGGUCACCUCUUAGCAGCCUGAAUGAUACAGAAUACAGUGACAGGUAUAAGAUUAUUGAACUUAUGUUUUACUUAACAAUGGGGUUUUCUCCUGCCUUUGUUGUGGCUUCAAUGAAUAAUACAGAUGGUAUCCAGGAACUUGCAUGGGGAGGUUGCAUUUAUUGCCUAGGAGUGGUGUUUUUUAAAAGCGAUGGAAUUAUCCCUUUUGCCCAUGCCAUCUGGCAUAUUUUUGUAGCAAUGGCUGCUGCAGUGCACUAUUACGCCAUUUGGAAGUACCUCUACAGAAGCUCUUCCACAGAAAUUAUAAAGGAUUUAUGAUGCAACUUCCAAAUUAUUGUACUUCGCAGUAUUUGACCCCAUAGAGGUGGCAAGUGGAACUUUUGCCAUAUUCCCCAGUCCCAAAACAUGCGUUGUGUUUGCACAGUAAGAUAUAAACUGUAAGUACUGUAAAGGCAGUUUUCAGUUUUGAAAGAAUACAUUUUUGGGGUUCCUACUUGAAAAAACAGGAAUUGGAGACACCAGCAUAACUUCAAUUUACAGCAUGUCUCCAGCAAGUAAUAAGACUGACUUCAAAUGUUUACAAAUGGGUCAUGUUUAUUGUAUCUUUGUCUAAUUUUGUUUAUGGUUUCACAUUAUAACAUGCCCUGCACUGAACAUUCAUGGUUUGAACCCAUUCUAUGUGGCAUGCUAUAUAUAGGUAUUCUGAACUGUGGUUUCACUUUCUCUGGAAGUUCACAGUAUGAAAAUUAGGGAAAGGCUAGAACUGUGUUUAUCUUUAUGUUAAAGUAAUGACAUAACUUUUUUUAGUUUUUGUAUUUUUUUAGAUAACUUUUGUAAAAUUACUUACAACUAAGUAUUAGCAGAAGCCAGCCAAUAAUAUGAGCAUAAUUAGUCAGUGCUGUGUGUUGUGGAGAAAAAGCUGAUACAUUCCAAGAGCACCUUCUACCUCUGAGGGGAAAGUCCCUGUUCCAAGAGCUUGUCAGUUUGCAGGAUUCUUCACUUUAAGAGCUCCCUUAAAAAGCAAAACAUACCAGAAAAAACUUGUACACUUGCAGAACGUUUGCAGAGGUGAAGAUCUGAAGGAUUCAAAGUCCUUGAUUCUGUAACCAUGUUGAAGGGAAAGGAAGCAUCCAGUAACUGACAAUAUUUUAAAACUGUUAAAGCUUUCUUUUUAGAUACUGAUUUUUCUGAUGCACCAACAUUGAGAUUCAUAUCCUUUUUUAUCUCCACAGUCUGCUUAUUUGAGUAUUGUGUGUCGUUUGCACAGUUCAGUAUGUGUGCCUCAUAUUAUAAAAGUGAUUACCAGAGCUUUAGAAUUGAAAGGCACAUAAAAUGUCAUGAUUCUUUUUCUUGUAGCUGGUGUCAGAUGCUCCAAGAAAAACAGGAAGCAGAUGUAUCUGCCUGGUUUUGACCCUGAAAUUUAUUUAUCCACAAUGUGACUUGUAAAAAUACGUAAUAGGCAUUUUUGAUCAUGAUUGUUUUAUUGGUAAACAAGAGCUGUAAACUGUAUCAAUAGUUUAUUUUUAUUCCCCAACAAUGUGAAACCAGUGGUUGAAUUGGCCUCCUGUUAAGAUAUUUAUGUAGCAUUUACCAAAAAUUGUAUUAUUUAAAGUGUUUAAUUUUCCUAUUUGAGUGUGCCAUUACAAGGCUAUGUGAUUGAGAAACUUUUUCUGAAUAAGGCUGCCAAAAGUACAUAGAAGUAAAUGAUGCAUGAUUAGGUAACAUCCCCUCACCCCCCCCAAACCCUAAUAAGUCUGUAGUAAACAGGUUCACUUUGUUAAUGGUGUAAACUAGUAAAUGACUGCCAGCAUACUCUGAGUAAGCCAGUAAGCCAUUCACAUUGUUAGCACUCCCUGUCCACCACUUACUGUAUGAAGGAAAAGUGACUGUCAUAGUCUUGUAAGAGAUUUACACUAUUUCAUUUGUGUGGCAGCUGCCACUGACUCUAAGGAUUAGUAACCUGUAUGACGUGUAAUGUGUGUGAAAAGAUGGUCUUCUGUUCGUACUUUUAUAGUCACAUUAAGCAGGCAGAAAAUCAAAAUGGAACACUAAUGUAGUUUUGAAGCAUUGUUGGACAGCAUGCCUCCUGUACAUAUUUUCCAGUCAUUACAUCGAGUAUACAAUAGAGAGUCGAUUAUCUGAAACUUAUCCGAAUUCAGCCUACCAAAAUUUUUGGGUAGGAAAAAAAUCAUAAUGUCUGAAUAUGUAAACUUUGUACGUAUUCGCUUGUACGUGUUUCUUGAGCUUGUAGUCCACUCGUGUGAAAAAUAUUCUUUAUUGUCCACUGGAAUUGCUGAAUGCUUGAAAAGUGUAGUCCCUGCUUGCAGUAAAAACAAGAUUUUAGAAGUUUUUUUUAUCUAGUUCAAUGUAUGUUUGAUUAUCCGAACUACCCUAAGUCCCAAUUAGUUCUGAUAAUCGACUGUCUACCGUAUUAUGUAAGAACUGUAAAAAAAUGUACUACAG